GCUUCAGGAAUAAAACAUGCCUGUUAUGAUACAGCGGUUUUCCAACAUAAGAAAAAAAGUGCACAACAAAACUUCUUCCGGUGUAAGUUAUUUGAGUAACCUCUUUAUUGUGGUUACUGAACACCUCCCAUGUGCUUCCCGGAAAUCUGUUACGUCUAACCACUGCAAAAUAUCGAGAUAAAGAAGUUCUGAAUCGUAUACAAAUCAACAUGUAGUUCAGUCUUUUGUGUUUGCAUCUGAUCUUUGUUUAAAUAAGUUAUGUCCAGUUGUUUGAAGUUGAUAGUGAUUCUCGGUGUCCAUUUUCGAAUAGUGUUCUGCUCUUCAGCUAAAAGGCAAUUCGAGAUUCCGAAAUGCUGUCCAAUUGGUGAACAAUUUAACGACUCUAUGGCUUGCGUUACGUCAAACUCUAUUCCCGAAAACUGGGAAUGGGUUAUAAACAAUUCCAUCCCUUUAAAUCAAGAAGUGACAUUCUCACCUUCCAGCCCUACUAUACUGGGGAAUGCACAUCUGAGUUGUCCAUCUCCUUCCAGGGCGAUACUGCUGCAUGGCAUAGACGAGUUCCGGCUGCUGAUCGCAGAGAGUGGACGCCUCCACCUGAAUGUCCUGGUGUACAGCACCCAGGAACGUGAUCAAAUGGUGACUUACACCGAGUCCUUCUGUUUCGAUGCAAGAACCAAAACUGCAAUAUUCUGCCCGUGCUCCAAGUUGCCCUGUGUCAGGAAGUGCUGUUAUGAUGGGUUUGUAUACAACGGGUCUGUGGGGCGAUGUGUUGACACGGGACACGACGACGUGGGCUUCUGGAGACCAACUUUUCAGGCUGGAGUAGCAGAAGAGGGCUACUACGUCAUAGGGAACAGACGCCCCAGCUGUGAAUCCGGGUCUGCGACAGUGAUAACAUCAAGCAACUCUACAAAAUUCGCUGUGGGUGAAGAUGGCAGUGUUAAGGUUUCCGGGUACCCGCAGGCUGUGCCCUGGCACGAAUACUGCGGAGAUACAGGCAUGCUUUUGGUGUGUCCCGGGCGACUCAGGACCGAGGUUCGGAAGUUCUUGAUAUAUGGUGUCCUACUGCUUAUAGCUGGUGCCCUCCUCAUUGGUGUGGUUAUCACGGGCUUCCUGCUGCCGAGCAAGGUCGCCAAAAAACUCCACAACCUUGUCUUCGCAGCCCACAACUCAAUGCUCGCCACUGCAUAUGUGGCUACGGGCGUGGCCCAGAUCAUACCCAACAAGAGGAAUGCGGCUUGUUUCUCUCUGGCCUUCACUAUCCAAUUCACUUUCCUGGCGGCCUUCUUGUGGCUGAAUGUAAUGUGCAUCGACAUUGCGUGGGCGUUUAGUGGUUUGCACUCCCCUCAAGGCAGCGCAGUGGAACGUGAUCACAAGAAGUUCAUACUGUACUCAGUUUAUGCAUGGGGUACAGCCAGCAUCCUAUCUGUGAUCACAGCAACUGUGGAGUUUGUUCCAGGCCUUGCUGUUGGUUCACCACUGAAACCAAAUUUUGGACGCAGGGCAUGUUGGUUUGAAAAGCCAGCUGCAACUCUUGCCUACUUCUAUGGACCUAUGGCAUUCCUGCUUUUGGCAAAUCUGAUGCUGUUUCUGUAUACAGCUACCAGGAUUAUUUUAGUGAGGAGAGAUACUGCAAUCCUGAACAGUGCAGGAAAUACUUCAGGUUCUGCUAUCCGCAAAAACAGGCAGAGGUUGGUCCUGUAUGUGAAGCUCUUCUGCCUCAUGGGUCUGACAUGGAUCACAGAAAUCAUUUCAUGGGCUGUGGGAGGCGCAGAUUAUUAUUGGUACAUCACAGACAUUGUCAACAUGUUGCGAGCAGUCUUCAUAUUUGUUAUCUUCUGUUGUAAGAGAAGUGUGCUAAACCUUCUGAGGGCUCGUUUGGCAUCAUUCCUACCUUGCGCAAAGAGAUUAACUCAUGGAAAAAGUGGCAUGUCUCUCUCUGGCCCUACCAGCUCUCUCCAGCUGACAACCAGCAUCAAAAAGAGCACUAGACGACCAAGUCAAGAUACUUGACAGUUUGCAAUUCAGAACUGUUUUGUUGCUAGAGGCAGCUGUGUAUGACAUGAAUAUCAUGGCCCUUUAUAAGCAAUGUUAUGUGUACGAAAAAGGUGAAUGCUUCAGCACAAUAAAUCAUGAGACAGUGCCAAUCCGUUGAUAGUCAGCUGUUCCAAUUCUGAGAUGACCUGACAUAAAUAUAUCAGGUGGCUGGGCAUAUGUAUGCUGUUACAAAGAAUGAUACCAUAUGAACAUUGCUUAACAUGAAGUCUCUUCCUUGUUGACUGAAAGAAAUAAGUAUUGUUCAAUACAAAAAGGAAAUGUUUACAUUUGGUGACAAAUGAAUUAUGCUUCAAAGUGACAUCAAGUAACACAUUUUGAUGGCUGUAGCUUUGAUGUUAUGAGACAUCAUCAAAUGAAAGUCAAAAUAAUUUAUUAAACACGAUGCAGGAAACACUAUGAAAGUUUUGUGAUUUUAAGUAUUUUUUCAAAAUUAAUUUUGUCCACGUAUUUUCAGAAUCUUAAGUAAUGUCAGUGGGAUAGUGAGUGUGAAACUUUUCUUAAUUUGACUACAAGUUGUGUGACAAUUUCACUGUAAAAUAUCAGCAGUACAUGGAAACAUUUAAGAAAAAUAAAAGUUUAAAAUCCUCUUCAUGUAUAACAAUAAAUAAAUUCCCUUUCUUUUACUGUAUUUUUCCUAUGUACACAAUAUGGAGGCAGUAUGUUCCUCCGAAAUGCCAAUCGAGUAAAUGGACUAUACAGCAUAUCUCAGAACACAGUGCUUCUCAGUAUAAUCUGUUCACAGUGUUCAAAUGGAAUUAAUCUGCUCUAGUUAUACUAAUAAAUAUACUGUACGUAA